CUACAUCGUACCUUUCCUUUCUGCCUCAUUGAAGUGAGUGGCGUUUCUUCCUCUUCUCCGAAUUACCUGCAGGUAUCAGCUGAGGACCUCACAUCCGCUUCCCCGAACCUUAUCUCUUUGCUUCGUGUUACUUCUGUAAGUCUCAAUCCCUCUUUCUGUUUGUUGUUAUAAACCGGUUGCAAGAUCAUUGACUUACACAACAAUCAAAACAAGUGAUCAUAGGUUGGACACCACGGACUUGAACUUGGGAAUUGGUAUAAGAACCAUCUCAAGACGAACACGCCAGCAUCCAUCAGUGACGCCAUAUGGCCUCGAGACUUCUUAGGAGCAGCUACAGCGGCGGUUUGCGUGCCGUGUCUACUGCUUCGACGGUUCGCCCUGCUGCUGUUUCCGCAGUUCACCAGUUCUCUGCCCGUCGCCAGUUCACUGCCUCUACCAGCAAGAUGGCAUCAUCAUUCUACGACAACUGGGAGCCCGAGGGUCCUACGGUCAAGACCGAGAUCCCGGGUCCCAAGGCUAAGGAGGCCAUCAAAGAGCUUGAUGAGGUCUUUGACACUCGGAGCUUGAACAUGCUCACUGAUUACCCGAAGAGUGUCGGCAACUACAUUGCUGAUCCUGACGGCAAUGUUUUGCUCGAUGUCUACGCUCAAAUCGCCUCCAUCCCCAUCGGCUACAACAACCCGGUCCUGCACGACGCCGCCCUCAGCUCCGCCAUGAUCAACAGCAUCAUCAACCGGCCCGCCCUCGGCAACUUCCCCCCCACGGACUGGGCCUCCGUUCUCAAGACCGGCAUCCUCAAGGUCGCGCCCAAGGGGCUCAACCAAGUCUUCACCGCCAUGGCCGGCUCCGACGCCAACGAAACCGCCUACAAAGCCGCCUUCAUGUGGCGCCGGCAAAAGGAGCGCGGCGGCCCCCAGGUGGAAUUCACCGCCGAGGAAAUGGAAUCCUCCAUGCUCAACCAAACUCCCCCCGGCUCCACCCCGCUUUCCAUCCUCUCCUUCAAGACCGGUUUCCACGGCCGCUUGUUCGGCUCGCUGUCUACCACCCGCUCCAAGCCCAUCCACAAGCUGGACAUCCCCGCCUUUGACUGGCCGCAGGCUACUUUCCCGCUCCUGAAGUACCCGCUCGAUCAACACGCCGAGGAAAACGCCGCGGCCGAGCAGGCGGCGCUGGAUGAAGUCGAGCGCUUGAUCACGACUUACCACGUCCCGCCCGCCGCCGUCAUUGUGGAGCCCAUCCAGUCCGAGGGCGGCGACAACCACGCCUCCCCCGCCUUCUUUAGGGGACUGCGCGCUAUCACAAGAAAGCACGACGUACUCCUGAUCGUGGACGAAGUCCAAACCGGCGUUGGUGCUACAGGAAAAUUCUGGGCGCACGACCACUGGGACCUGCAGGACCCUCCCGACAUGGUGACCUUUUCCAAGAAGGCGCAGACAGCCGGUUACUACUUCGGCAACCCGGAGCUGCGACCCAACAAGCCUUACAGGCAAUUCAACACGUGGAUGGGCGACCCGGCCAGGGCGCUGCUUUUCAAGGCCAUCAUCGGGGAGAUUGAACGCUUGGGACUGGUGGAGAACACGGCUAAGGUGGGUGAGUAUCUGUACGGCAAGCUGGAGGGUUUGUCCCAGAAAUAUCCGGGCCAGUUUGAGAAUCUGAGGGGUAAAGGGCAGGGAACGUUUAUCGCGUUUGAUACCCCGCGGAGAGACGAGUUUUUGGCGAGGGCGAAGAAGUUUGGGGUUAAUAUUGGUGGAAGCGGGCAGAGCGCGGUUAGGUUGAGGCCCAUGUUGAUUUUCCAGGAGAAGCACGCGGAUAUUUUGGUGGAUGCGCUGGAGAAGGUUGUGAAGUCGUUUAAGUAGAUGAUGACAUGAUUGAUGCUGGUCAUGAUGGUCAUAAAAAAUGGAUGUAGUUUAUGAUACUUCGCUGGUUUUUUCGUUUACUUGAGGGGCUCAUGUGAUGCCGCCAGAAAACAGAAUGACAGGAGUGGUCCUAUUUCUACCUCUAGGAGCGGGAGUUCGGAAUGAAAUCGAAUUGAUGAAUUGCCUCUA